AGGACGAAUAUAUCACCUCUGUGUCUACAGGCAGAAAGCCAACCAAGUUAGUGCUGAUGUAACAGUACAGUAGAUUAGCAAUGGCCUAUGUGUCCAGGGGAGGCAGUGGAAGUAGAGAGUGGAGGUUACAAAUGAGAGAAAAGAAGGUGGUGGAAGAUAUUCAACCAACCUUUGAUGUGAUAGCAGAGAAGACAGUGAUAGUAACAAAUGAGGAGCAGCAUGUUAUCUGGGAGGGAUAUGGUCUGAGACUAUACAUUCCACCCGACUCACUACCAGAAGGUUGUAGUCAGUUCAAGCUGAGUGUAAAAGUUGGACUAUCAGGAGAGUUCCAGUUACCCGAGAACGGUGUCCUUGUUAGUGCAGUUUAUUCCUUCAGCCACGACCCAAUAGAGGAUCUACAUCAGCCAAUCACUCUGGAAAUGGAGCACUGUGCUGCAGCAAGUGCUCUUAGUAACUUGAGCGUUGUUCGAGCAAAGAAGAACUCCAAUGGUUUCAAUUAUGUUCCAGGGGGUGAUUUCAGCUCAGUGAAAGGCUAUGCAGUGAUAAAGUUGCAUUCCUUCUGUUGUUUUUCUACUUUAAUGCUUCCUCAUUCCUCUAAUGAAAUUGAAUAUUCCGCUAACAUUUACUAUACAGAGAUGCUCUAUUGCCAUUUUAAUUUUGAGUUCUUCAUUAUUCAAAAUCUCAGUGCAUUGGCUAUGAGGGUUAAAGAUCAGAUUUCAAACAGAGUAAAGGGCAAUUAUAAGCGAGGGCCUUUUUCUAAUUUCAAGUUCCAAGAAGAUGAAGUCAGCCUUGAAAUUCAAGAGAGCUGCGGAAAUGGAUGGAAUAUGAUGGAACUAACCCCACUUGAGGUUUUCAAGCGGGAUGUCGAUAGGUAUGGUGCUCACAUGGAGCUGUGUACAUGUCAAGUGAAAGUCUGGUGCGAGAAUGAGGAAGUUCCAAAGGAACUGUUUCAGAAAGUGAUAAUCAAGGGAGCUAAGCAGUGCAAUUUCUUAACUGUGACCUCCCCAACACAAUGUCUAACUAAGCCUGCUCUGCCGCCAAGUACUCCCUCUAGUAAGAUUCGCUUACGUCCCAGAUCUGUGGAUUCCACAGUAUUUUUUAAUGUCAAGCCGAAGUUGGCUGACUUGUCUAAUGAGUUGGGGGAUCUGACGUGGAAUGACAUUCAAUCUCUGGCAGUACAACUGGAGAUUGACUUCAACGAACUAUUGAAGAUCGAGGGGCAGACUGACCAGCCCACCAACCGUAUGCACCGAGCAUUGAACAUUUGGCUGGAAAAAGACCCGAAUGCUUCAUGGGAGAAAGUGAUAAAUGCCCUCGAUCGCGUAAAGGGGAAAGAUGUACUGAUCCAAACACUGAAGGAGAAAUAUCUUCCUCAAUCUCCAGGUCUACAAGCUGGUGACCAGUGAAGUCCAUGCUAUUUUGAUAAUAAUAUUUUAUACUUGUGUAAAUCAGUGUAAUAGUAGCAUUUGAGCCCUGAAAUAAAUAAGUUGCUCAGGUAUUCCAUUAGUAUGUUGCAGGUCGUAGUGCAGCCACGCUUGUCUGCAAUCCCGUUUGAAUUUCAUUUAGGUCUUCACAAGGCAGAGUGGUCGGAGGAUAAUAGGGAUUGCUCCUUGAAGGGCUUUUGUCUAUAACCGGGGACAGUAUUUGAUGACAGUCGACAGAGCUAGAUAGUAGAGAGAGCAAGUUCGAGAAGGUUGCAACUGCGCACGCGUGGUGAUUUUGGCUUCCCCCUCUUUGAGGAGGGUUCAGUUGUCCUCAUCGCCGGGGCAACCCUCGUGUAGCUCAUAGAGUGUCUUGUCUUCGAAAAUCCAGUAGCCUACCCUGGUACAAGGCCGUGUACUUGGGGUUGUAUAUCUGGUAGAAAUAGUAGGGGUUCACCGCAAUCAGUAUCGUCCCCGCAUACGUGUAUAUCGACUUUGCUGAGAAUCGAGCUUUCAAACAAGACAACAUUGUCUCCUCGCAGAGUUCCUCGAGGAUACAAAGGUCGGUAAUUUCC